AUGUCUUUUAAGGUCGCUGCUACUCUCGCUGGCGCUUUCGCCUCCGUUGCCCUCGCCCACGGAACUGUCACUGGUAUCAAGGUCGACGGAACCUACCAGGCCGGCUACGACCUCAGCUCCUACUACAAGGCUCAGCAGGGCGGCGAGAUCCCUACCAUUGCUGCUUGGUCCGCUGAGAACCUCGACAACGGCUUCGUCCCCCCCUCCGACUAUGGCACCUCCGACAUUGCCUGCCACAAGAAGGCCGCUCCCGGUAAAACCUCUCUGUCUGUCAAGGCCGGUGGUACCGUUGAGUUCCAGUGGUCUGCUUGGCCUGAGUCUCACAUUGGUCCUGUUCUGACCUACGUUGCCAAGUGCUCUGGAAAGUGCACUUCUGCUGACCCUGCUACUCUCAAGUGGGUCAAGAUCGAUGCUGCCGGUCUGGACGGAACCUGGGCUGCUGCCGAUCUGAUCAAGAACAACAACACCUGGACUACCACUGUUCCUGAGACUCUUGCUGCGGGUAGCUACGUUUUCCGUCACGAGAUCAUCGCUCUUCACGGUGCUGGUUCCAAGGAUGGCGCCCAGAACUACCCUCAGUGCUUCAACAUUGACAUCACUGGUUCUGGAACCGAUACCCCUGAGGGUACCUUGACCACUGAGCUCUACACCGACUCUGAGCCCGGUAUUCUCUUCGAUCCUUACAAGGGUUCCACCACCUACGAGAUCCCCGGACCUGCUCUGUACGGCUCUGCUUCUGGCACCAAGCCUACUGUCCCUGAGACUCCCUCCAACGGAACCAUCUCGACUCCUGCUCCUUCUGCCCCUACCCCCACUCCUGUCGCCCCCACCAGCCUCGUCACCUCUGUCGCCGCCGCCGCUACUCAGGCCGUUGAGGUCCCUUCCACUGAGGCCCCUGUCACUGAGGAGGAUGGCACUGAGGAUGGUGCUCUCCCCAAGACUUUCACUCUUGACACCUUUAUUGACUGGCUCCGAUCCAAGAACGGUGGCUCCAAGAAGGUUCGCCGCCACGCUCGCCAGUUCUAA